AUGAAAAAGAAGCCACACGUGGCUGUAACAUAUGCCAUUGAAACAAUGGAACUUCCAAUAACAGUAGAUGAAUGGCUUGGUUUAUUGAAAGCUGACAUGUCAACGGUAUUUCCAAGUGAAAAACUAUUACCAGGAUCUGGGACUGAUGGUUUCUCACUAAAAUCAACCGAUCAUAAAGAUUUCUUUUCAUUAUUUGAACAUAUAACAUUUUGUGGUGAUGUCUCGGAUGUAAAGUAUCGGGAACCUCACCCUGAUGUCUACAUUAUUAGUAUAGUGACAUCAGAUUUCAACCCAGCCACCAAGCCAUUGGUGCUAAAAUCUCUUUGUGAUUUAGAUCUGGGCAUAUUUGGGUUUCCUUCCUUACCAAAUUCUAUUUAA